AUAGCAGCUGACACUGCUCGGUGUACAACAACACACGAGACGCCCUCGCGUGCUAUACUGUUGCUGCUGCUCUACUCGUGAUUAUCAAUUGCCAUUCAACGAUACUACUCGCGUAGGAGUGUGUUUACAGUCGUUGCUGUUGUUCGUUUAUUUUGUGCGAAGCAGUUAAAAGUUCUUCUUCUCUAUGUUCACGUGUUGAGUAUUAUGCAUUUAUCUGGUGAAGAGUGCGCGACGAUGCGGUUGAUCGAGCGACAACGACGACAGCAACAAUAUAAAACGAAGCAUCAACAACGAGAAUCGAGACUAUGAUGGAUGCAACGACGAAGGAGAUAGUGCAGGAAGGUUGGCUUAUCAAGUCGCCGCCCACCAAAUUAUGGAAAGCCAGAUGGAGACAACGAUGGUUCACCCUGAGACACAGCGGAGAACUGCCUGGGCAAUAUUUCCUGGAAUAUUACGUUGAUAAGGAUUGCAGAAAGCUCAAAGGCAGGAUAGAUCUCGAUCAAUGCGAGCAGGUGGAUGCCGGAUUGAGUCUCAUUAAUCAAAAGGAAAAGUAUCAUUUUUUAUUUAACGUCAAAACCCCAAGCAGGGUUUACUAUUUGAGCGCUGCUACGGAAGCCGAAAUGAACAAAUGGGUUGAUGCUAUUUGUCAAGUAUGCAACUUGAAAGCUUACGAGGAACAACAACAGUGUCAAAUUUACUCAUUUGAUGCACAAGAAUCACCUCCUGUUUCACCUACUAGCACUCUAUUGAGUCCUUAUAUUCCAAUAAGUGAAUGCAUUUCAGGAAAAAGUCUCAACGAUACAAGCUCUCUUAAUUCUACAAUUGGCCAAUCCAUUGAUAAUUAUCACCUAAGAAGACUAGUACCAUCACCUCCAAGAUCUCCUAAUACUGAUGCUGAAAGUAUUAUAACUGAUGAUGAAUCUAUUCCAUCACUGCCUAAUGUUAAUUGGGAUACUUUUCCCUCUGCUGGUGAUUUGAAACCAAACUUCAAAAAAAGUAGUGCUGGAAAUCAUUCUUACAGUGUUCAAAAGCGUUUUAGUAAACAGCAAUUAAAUGACUCUGUUAAGUUAUCCAAUGCAGAUGACGAUAUAUCAAUCCCUCCAAGACCUCCAAAGCCAAGUCAUGUGAACGAUAGUCCUGGACACAAUUAUCUCAACUUGGAUGGUGCAACGGAAAGUUCUAAACCCACCACACCAUCUACACCUGCCACAAACACUGAUUCCCAUUCAUCGAGUUUAAAAUUGCGUCAGCGAGCUAUAGCAACUGAUGCAAGUGCUUUGAAUAAACAGCAACAGUUGCUGCAGAAUUACAAUGUUACUACUCCCAAAGAAAAAGAUAAUGUUUUUCGUUAUGAUUUCGAUAAUAACGAAAAUACCAACAAUUCAAAUUUAACAGCUCAAAAUAAACAAUUUAGUCCUUUGAGCAAGGACAAUGCCAAUACAGUACCUAAAAUAGUUGUGCCAGCUCCACCUCCAUUAGUAUAUAGAGAAUUGAAACCAGGUCGAAAAAUCAAUGAUUCAAAUGAGAGUGUUGAAUCAUCUUUAAAAGCAACUAGAGAAGAUGUCAAUGCAAACUCAACAGAUCACGUGGAGCCUCCAAGCAUAAACAGAAAAUUAAAACCACCUUUAGCCAAACCUUCUGUUGAUGACACAUUACACCUGGUUAAUCCAUUCAGCCAUCAAAGUAAAGUCAAAAUGAGUCCUAGUCCUACUUUAAUAACGAAAAAAAGUCGACGUCCUUUGGUUCUAGAUGAUGAUAGUUGUCCUUUUGAUGGAAAAGAAGAGAUAUAUUUCUAUCAAGAUGAUGAUCAAUUUGUACCAGCUUCAAAUCGUCGUUUAUUAGUCUUACAAUAUCUUGACUUGGAUCUUGAGGCUUCUGAUAGUUCAAAUAAUGCAACUGCUCAACCUCAGCAUCAGGCACCACCAGUAUCAACUGUUUAUAAAACAGUCGAUUUUGUAAAAACUGAAGCUUUUAAUCGAACAAAACAAAGAGUUGAGCAAGAGCGAAAACAAUGCACGGAUGAAUUGAGCUAAUUAAUACACUCUUUAUAAAUGAACUUGUGUUUCAAAUGUAUUGGUGAAGAAUGUCUUUCUACAAUAAUUUUAUUUAAAUAUUGAAGCAAAUUAUUUUAAAAAAUACGCGUAUUGUUAUGAAAGAAAUUACGUAGCUUUAAGGUAAAAAAAAAAUUAUUUGCAUCUAUUAAUUGAAAAUUUUUAGAGUAUUUUGUUAGAACUAGUUUACUGUUAAAGAAAUUUUACGAAUAGAUAAUAAUUUGAAGAAUAGAAAUGAUAGUUUUUAUCGUUGUUCUGUACUAUUGAAAAGAUAUGCAAAAAUUGUCCAAAAAAAGUAAUUAAAUUUGAAAAUAUAAUUGAAAUAAUGCUAAUAAUAGCAGGCAAUGUGAUAAUAAUAAUUACAAUAAGAGUUAAUAUCAAUUUUUGAUAAAAUUUUACAUUAAGACGCAAAGAUUUUAUAAGCAACUGAUUGAAUUUUUAUAGAAUAAUGACGAAAAAUGAAAUAUUGAUUAUUAUUGUACAGCAUAAGUGUUUUUAUAGAACAUUGUUAUAUUUGUGUGUUGAAUUUGAGUUGCAUAUGCUAUUUAAAUUCGCUCGAAUAACGUUAUGAAAGAAUUGUGAUUGGAAAAUCAAAAGAAUCAUCUAAACGAUUUUUCGCGUCUUGAAUAUGUUUAUACCUUUGUAAUUAAUUUUAUUUGUUGAUAAUCUGAUAAUUGGAAUUGUUGAAUACUCGAUAAAAUACGAACCAAAUGUGAUACUCAUCGAUUUCUCUCAAUAAUUAGUAAAAUUCAUAUGUUGAAAUAAUAAACCCAAAAUUCUAUAAAUAUUG